CAGCACACCAGUUUAUUAUUAUUGCAGCUGGUGAAGCACCAAUGGAACGUAAUGAACGGAGGUGCAGCAAAUUAGCAUGUUUUGCCCAGAUGUGCUAGAAAUCAAUAUCUUACCAGAAUGAAUGUGUUUUCACCUGCACCCUAUUAGAGGCUGCCUAUCUGUCCUUCCUCUUCUCUGACUUAAGUCUUACACGUGGUGAUACGGAGUGUGUCGAUACUGGGCUGCACCUGCCCUGCAGCAAGGAACAUUACCUAACCUGUGGAAAAGUCGUAUGGUUAGGGAUUCACACCUUUGGUAACGAAAAAAAGCACAUUUCAGGAAAGGGAGGAAGGAGGCGUUUUCUUGUAACCUUCUUUCGUUUCUGCUUUAAUCUGCCAGGACACAGGUUCUCGCUGCAUGGAUUUUACUCCUAGUUACACCGACAGAGUAGACCUACAUGAGUGAGGAUUUAUUGUGCCAGCCUUCAACACAUCCUGAAUUCUAGUACAAGCAGAGAAACUGCAGCUUUGAAAUGAUUACUAAAUCACCUUGUGACCUUCCUGGUCUUUCCUGUAUCAGAUGUCUAUAUAGUUGUCACUGUAACCAGAGGGAUACCACGUCAAAGAAGUGCAACAACUGCUGGUGUAGCUUUGUGGCCUGUGUUUGCCUUUUCUCUGUGCUUGGUCUGUAUUUUGUGUGGUCCAUUCAAAAUGAAUCGCACAACUUCAACGAGUAUGCCUUCCGAUUUAUAGGUGUGUGGUUUAACUGGUCAGUAGCGGUACUGGUGGUGUUCAUUAUCUUGACCUCCUACUCCUCUGUCUUGCUGUUGCUUGCUUUCUGUCAUUUGGCUGCCCAUGAACAGAUGAAUCUGCACUGGAUACAUAAGGUUCUCCUGUUCCUGACAGCAGUAAUUGUGUCACUGUUCAUCAUUUAUCUAGAUCUGAAGUUUUCCGAACAAUGGAACACGAUCUAUAUUUCAUUAAAGGUUACUGCUCCCUUCAUACACAUUGGUGUUGUGCUUGGAUUCUCUUUCCUCGCUUGGUUGGUUACAGAUACAUACUACAGAACAAAGAAAAUAGUACUUAAGAUUAUUGUUGUUGACGCGUACCUAGCUGUUAUGGUAGUUCUUUACCUGAUCCCACUUGUACUCACACGACACAUAGUGCCUCCAUGUCUGACGAAUAAAAUUCCUCCUAAACCACUGAUUGUGGGUCACAGAGGUGCUCCAAUGGUAGCAAAAGAGACUGUAGGAGAAAACUUGGCACUACCUUUCGUUGAAUGUGCUGAAGUCUUCUGA